ACCAUAUGGACUCCAGCUCCAAUUCUCGCUGUAGAAAUUGACUGAGUGACAGUACGGCUGGUUGGAUUAUUUACGUUAAUAUAUUUUCGUACGAUGGAUCAGAAGCAGAAAAUCCUCGUCUGCGGCGAUGUCAAAGGCAAUUUUAAACAACUUUUCGGUCGCGUUGAAUCGAUCAACAAAAAGUCCGGUCCAUUUGAAAUGUUGUUGUGCGUCGGUGAUUUUUUCGGCGACAAUAACGACGAGCUGAUUGCAUUCAAAAAUGGCAACAAAGUCAUUCCCGUACCGACGUACAUUUUGGGGCCCAAUGAAGCGAAUGCUUGUCCGGAAUACGAGAACCUCAACGAGGGAGAAAUCUGCUCCAACCUAACCUAUUUAGGUAAACGAGGGCUCUACACAAUCUCGUCCGGAAUCAAAAUCGCGUAUUUGUCCGGCAUUGAGGCCGAGAAAUCGGAUUGGUCUUUCGAUACGGAAGAUGUGAAAGCGGUUCGAAACUCUUGCUUCAUCAACAAAACAUCGAUGGGAGAGUAUCGCGGCAUCGACAUACUGUUAACGUCUCAAUGGCCGUUUGGUGUCGAUGAUAAGAAGGCCGACAAAGAUGAAAGCCAAGCUGCUGCAUCGUCAAAAUUGUUGUCCUGGUUAGCGAGGGAGAUAAAGCCGCGGUAUCAUUUCGUUGGAAUAAAUGGGCGGUACUUUGAACGUCUACCCUAUCGAAAUUCUACUGGAAGUAACACACAAUUGGAGCUGGCUACAAGAUUCAUCGGACUCGCUGCUGUCGGAAAUGAAGAAAAGGCCAAAUACAUUUAUGCAUUGAGCAUAGCUCCGGUGGACAAAAUGAGACUGAUGGAUCUGAUACAGAAAACGACCGAUGAAACGCCAUGCCCGUACGAUAGCAUAAAUUUGAUGAAAGAUGUGGUAUCAAAGUCCGAGAAUAACUCAGCACAGUUCUUCUACGACACCAAUUCAUUUAACGAUGAUGGCGACAGAAAUUCGUACAAAAAGCGUAAAGGACUCGGAGCCGACGGCGAUCGGAAGCGACAAAGACACGUCUUCGAUCAAGAAAAAUGUUGGUUCUGCCUAUCGUCGCCGUCUGUGGAGAAGCACAUGGUCAUUUCCGUUGGCGAUAAUUUCUACUUGGCACUGGCUAAGGGACCUCUUGAUGAAAAUAACAUUUUGAUUUCGUCCGUAACUCAUAUUCAGAGCUCAUCGUUGCUGGCAGAAGACGAUUGGAAGGAGUUGGAAAAGUUUAAGGAUGCACUGCGCAAGUGUUUCAAAGCUGAAAAGAAAGUCGUCACAUUCUUCGAACGCAACUACAAAAGCUCCCAUCUGUUAAUCAACGUUGUAGCCGUACACGAAGAUGCCGAAUGGCGCAUAAAGCAUUCGUUCGACGAUUGUGCCGAAGCGUACAAUCUCAAUCUGGAAACAUUGCCACGCUUAUCCGAACCAACUCAGCUACCCGGAAAGGGACCAUAUUUCUACGCUGAGCUGCCCGACAACUCCACCCUGUUAACGAGACAAAUGAAACAGUUCCCGUUGCAUUUCGGGCGUGAAGUGUUCUGCAGUGAUACGUUGCUGAAGUGCGAACAGAAGAUCGACUGGCGAGAGUGCACGAUAUCGAAGGAGGAGGAAACAGCGCUAGUGAAACGUUUUCGAGAGAAAUUCCAACCGUUUGAUUUUACGCUGUAAAGAAGACUGAUGUCAUGAGAACCAGAAGAAGAACGUGGAUUAAAAGGCAAACGUUUCAAAAUUUUAAA